GCCCGCUCUUGCACCUCCAUGCCAUGAUUAAUGUGUUAUUCAUCUGAUACCUUCCCAUUCAGCUCUUGUCUUUAGCCUGUGAAUCUCUCAUUUAGCUUCCAACAAAGGAUUCCAUUGCUGUAGGAACUGAGGUGUGUCUCAGUUUUUACCUGGAAGGCAGUGAUGCAAGUGUUUCUGGUGAGACCAAUCCUUGGCUUGGGGUGGGGAGGAACAGACUAACAGGCCACCAGGAGAGUCCUGCGGCAGACAACAGAGCCACCACCGCUGCCAGAAGGAUACGGACACCCAGGCGAGGAGCUGCUGCAGCAAGAGGCUUGAAGUUAAUCACCAGUGACACCAGCAACAAUGGCCUGCCUAUUCCCCAGGGCCCUGGGGCCCCUGGCCCUCCUGAUGGUGGUGCUCCUGGUACACGGGGAACUGCAUAUAAAGCCGGGAGGACCGCACAGAGAAGAUGGGACAGCAUUGCAGCUGGCCAAAAGAAGGUACAAACGUGAAUGGGUGAAGUUUGCAAAACCCUGCAGAGAAAGGGAAGACAACUCAAAAAGAAACCCAAUUGCCAAGAUCACUUCAGAUUUCCAAAAAACCCAGAAAAUUACCUACCGCAUUUCUGGAGUGGGAAUUGAUCAGCCCCCUUUUGGGAUCUUUGUCGUUGACCCAAACAAUGGUGAUAUCAACAUAACGGCCAUAGUUGAUCGUGAAGAAACCCCAAGCUUCCUGAUCACAUGCCGAGCACUAAAUGCCCUGGGACAAGAUGUAGAGAGACCACUUAUAUUAACAGUGAAAAUUUUAGACGUCAAUGAUAAUCCUCCAAUAUUUUCACAAACCAUAUUCAACGGUGAAAUUGAGGAAAACAGUGCUUCUAAUUCCCUGGUAAUGAUCCUAAAUGCCACAGACGCAGAUGAGCCAAACCAUAUGAACUCUAAAAUUGCCUUCAAAAUCAUCUCCCAGGAGCCGGCAGGCAUGUCCAUGUUCCUCAUCAGCAGAAACACCGGAGAAGUCCGCACUUUGACCAGUUCUCUCGAUCGAGAGCAAGUUAGCAGCUACCAUCUGGUUGUGAGUGGUGCAGACAACGAUGGAACAGGACUGUCAACUCAGUGCGAAUGUAGUAUUAAAAUUAAAGAUGUCAACGACAACUUCCCAGUGCUCAGAGACUCUCAGUAUUCAGCACGUAUUGAGGAAAAUACUCUGAAUGCAGAGUUACUCCGAUUUCAAGUGACGGACUGGGAUGAAGAAUACUCAGAUAAUUGGUUGGCUGUGUACUUCUUUACCUCUGGGAAUGAGGGGAAUUGGUUUGAAAUUGAAACAGAUCCUAGAACCAAUGAAGGCAUCCUGAAAGUGGUUAAGGCUCUGGAUUAUGAACAGGUGCAAAGUAUGCAGUUUAGUAUUGCCGUCAGAAACAAAGCGGAGUUCCACCAGUCCGUGAUCUCCCAGUACCGAGUGCAGCCGACUCCGGUCGUAAUUCAAGUCAUUGAUGUCCGAGAGGGAAUUUCAUUCCGUCCUUCUUCCAAGACAUUUACUGUGCAAAGGGGUGUAAGCACUAACAAGUUAGCUGGUUACAUCCUGGGGACAUACCAAGCUACUGACGAGGACACGGGAAAAGCUGCCUCCUCCGUCAGAUAUGUCCUGGGUCGUAAUGAUGGUGGUUUGCUUGUUAUUGAUUCAAAAACUGCUCAGAUAAAAUUUGUGAAAAACAUUGACCGAGAUUCUACUUUCAUAGUUAACAAGACAAUCUCUGCUGAGGUUCUGGCCAUAGACGAGAACACUGGUAAGACCUCCACGGGCACAGUAUAUGUGGAAGUGCCCAGUUUUAAUGAAAACUGUCCGUCAGUUGUCCUCGAGAAGAAAGACAUCUGUGCUUCCUCACCGUCUGUGACGCUCUCCGUGAGAACCCUGGACAGGGGUAAAUACACCGGCCCCUACUCGCUGUCUCUGGAGGAUCAGCCUCUAAAGCUGCCAGUCCUGUGGACCAUCACGACGCUCAACGCAACCUCGGCACUUCUACAAGGCCAGCAGCAUGUGUCUCCAGGAGUGUACAAUGUCCCUGUCAUCGUGAAGGACAAUCAGGGCGGGCAGUGUGACACACCAGAGAGCUUGACCCUGACAGUGUGUCAGUGUGAUGACCGGAGCAUGUGCAGAGCCCCUGGCCCGAGCAGAGAGCCUUUCAUAUAUGGGGAGUCAUCCUGGAGGCUGGGGCCUGCUGCUAUUGGCUUGAUCCUGCUAGGACUCCUGAUGUUGCUAUUGGCCCCACUUCUGCUUCUGACUUGCGACUGGGGCUCAGGUCCCAUUGGAGGAGCAGCUACAGGUGGCUUUAUCCCCGUGCCCGAUGGUUCGGAGGGUACGAUUCAUCAGUGGGGAAUCGAAGGAGCUCAGCCCGAAGACAAGGAAAUCACAAAUAUCUGUGUUCCUCCAGUCACAACCAACGGAGCAGAUUUUAUGGAAAGCUCUGAAGUUUGCACAAACACAUACGCUGGAGGGACUGUGGUCGAAGGUGCUUCAGGAAUGGAAAUGACCACCAAGCUGGGCGGAGCUACUGCAUCAGGAGCUGCAGCAGCACUUGGCCCCUGUCCCUUGGGUCAUUCGGGAACCAUGAGAACGAGGCAUUCCACUGGAGGGACCUUGAAGGACUACGCCGCGCCAGUGAACAUGACUUUCCUGGGCUCCUACUUCUCUCAGAAAUCAUUCGCCUAUGCCGAGGAAGAGGAUGAGCGCGAAGUGAAUGACUGUCUGCUGAUCUACGAUGACGAAGGCGAGGACGCUGGCCCGCAGUCCCCCACCCUCAGCUCCUGCAGCUUUUUUGCUGACGACCUAGAUGACAACUUCUUGGACUCCCUUGGCCCCAAAUUUAAAAAGCUCGCAGAGAUCUGUCUCGGAAUUGAUGAGGAAGCCAAGCAGGCAAAGCCAGGCCCUAAAGACGGUGGUUCUGGGAUUGACACCUGCGCUCGCUCUAUGCAAGUCCCUCCAGCAGGUUCUAACAGGUACCAGACUUUGCCUGGCGGUCUGGAAGUCACCCAGUCAGGUUCUAACAGGUACCAGACUUUGCCUGGUGGUCUGGAAGUCACCCAGUCGGGUUCUAACAGGUACCAGACUUUGCCUGGCGGUCUGGAAGCCACCCAGUCGGGUUCUAACAGGUACCAGACUUUGCCUGGUGGUCUGGAAGUCACCCAGUCGGGCUCUAACCGGCACCAGACUUUGCCUGGUGGUCUGGAAGUCACCCAGUCAGGCUCUAACCGGCACCAGACUUUGCCUGGCAGUCUGGAAGUCACCCAAACAGGUUCUAAAAUGGGCCACACAUUGGCUGGCAACCAAGAUACUUCUGUUUUGUCCACUUCUGGGUCUGUCCACCCUGCUGUUACCAUCCCUGACCCUCUCCAGCUUGGUAACUACUUGCUCACAGAAACUUACUCAACUUCAGGUUCCUUUGUACAACCUACCACUGUCACACUUGACCCACGUGUCACACAAAAUGUCACUGUAACAGAAAGGGUAAUUUGCCCCCUUCCUAGUGCCUCUGGCAGCAUAGUGGCUCCCACAGAGCUGAGAGGCUCGUACAGCAUGCUCUAUACAAAAGAAGCCUGUUCCCAUCUAUGACCAAAGCAAACUGGAGAAACAUACCAGUCAAACUUGGAUAUGUGCACCUACAUAUCUUUUUUAAAUCUAACAAAGCUAGCACUGUUGGAUUAAUUUGGCUUUUAGCAGAUAAUCUCUGAUCAUCCAUAUAAUUCAAAUAUUCUGACUCAUAUACGAAAACUGAGUAUGUUGUCAUUCUAAUUAUAUAAUUUUUUUCAAGCAGAGUAAACCUGUAUAUAUAUUUUUUUAAUUAUCUAAGAUGUUAGACAGGGAUAUUUCCCAAGCAUCUUCACAUUUCUAUAUUAUCAACACCAAAGGAAGAUGCUGUCACCUUAAAAUGCAGUGUGGGUUAGUAGAUUGGCUUUCUUCUUGGAGUUCAAGUUUCUGUCUCUACCACCUAUUCUGGUGUCAUUAAUAAGGAUAUGAGAGUGUUAUUAGUAACAAUGAGUAUUUAAGGUGCUUUAUGUAACUUACAGGGAAGCUUAGAGUAAAGGAAGUAGAUGCAACCAGGAUUUUGUGGGUUUGGGGUUUUUUGUUUUGGUUUGGUUUGGGUUUUUUUGUUUUGUUUUGUCUUCUUGGUAAUGGAACUGAAAGCGUAUCUUUUGUUCAAGUCCAGAGCUGUGAGUAAACCUGUUAAACUUGCUGAAUCUAUAUGCUGUGUAUCUUCAAAAUAAGACAGUUUUGAAAUGCAAAUAUCAUAGAACAUGUAAGAAAAUUUAGUAUGGUAUAACUAAUAUGUGAUGUGAUCUAGCCCGAGAAAAAUACAGUGACCUUCCUCAUUGACGCUCCUCGGAAACUGAUCCUGGGUGAGUCUUCAACAAAGAAGUCCUGACUUUGUCAGUGCCAGGGGUAGCAAUGACUCCAAAGAUGUGCAGGGAGGUUCGUGGCGUUAACAUCUAACAGGGUUUGUGGAAACAAAGCAUGGCUUUUCUUCUAAGCAAAAAGGGCUGUGGCCUAAAAUAACAUGGAGCAAAGUGUGUGUACAUGUAUCAUUUAAGAAAAUAAUGAAGUAAGUUUCAAGUGAAAAAAGGAAUUGUGCAGCUGUAGGAACUGAAUGCUGUGUGUUAUGAAGAUGGUCUGUGAGUAGGCGUGUGGGACAGAGGUCCUCAGUCUUCCUCACGCUGCCACCCGCUGUUAAUACAGUUCCUCGUGCUGUCGUGACCCCCACCGUAGAGAUCAUAUGAAUUAUAAUGUAAAUACCUGAUAUGGAACAGUUGAUAUGCAACCCCUGUAAAAGGGUCAUUGGACUCCCCUCAAAGGAGUCUUGACCCACAGGUUGUGAAGCACUGGUUUAAACCAUACCACCCUAACAGGAAUACAGUUCUAGUCAUUUCCGGUUAUUCAUGGUCCUACCCUUCAGCCCAUACAGAAGACUCUACCUCACCUGCUUCUGGACAUUAUUAUCUUAGCCCAGUCUCUCCAAGGCUCUUGUCCAGCUCAGUUAUUUCUAAUGAUAUAAGUAGGUCUUUUAAUUUUUCUGUGGAUUUUGGUUUUUGUUGUUGAUAUUGGUGUUGGUUGGUUGCUUGGUUUUGUUUUGGUGUUUUGAGACAAGGUCUUGUUGUCCUAGAACCUGCUAUGUAGUCAUGCUAAGCCUUGAAGUUGUGAUUUGCCUGAUACUCUUCUGAGUACUACGUUUAUAGGCAUGAGACACCACAUAACACUAAAUUUCCUUUUAUAAUAAAAGCUUUAAAUUGUUUUCUAGACACUAAGUAUUAAUCAAUUAUGUUUUAACUCUAAAAGUAAAUACAGUCUAAAGUACUGAGGUGGGAGCAAACACCCAAUGUCACUGGAAACAUAAAGCAGAUACAAAGUGUGUAAAGAUGGGUGGAACAAACACCUAAUGCCCCUAGGCCUACUAGCUGUCCCUUUGCUAGUAUGGCUUCUACCAGGAAGGCGUGUAUCAGGGCAAACGUGAUGAGAAGCUUAAGCAGCCAUGUUUCCAAGACAAGGCUUUCAGUGUGCCUGUACUGGAGCAAGAGUGGUCUAGCCUGUGGUGCAGCCUGCCCUUUACUUCUGCACAGCAACAUGCUCUAACCCAGAACUAAGACCCUGGUCUGAGCUUCCAUAACGAGUGGGUUUGGUACUGCCAUGUACUCAAAUGCUAAAUGGCUCCCAAGAUCUGGUUGCCCCCCAACAACGAUCAGAUCCUCACAUACAGCAAGGGAUACUGUGUAAACCUUGUUCCCCAAUUUAACACUAUUGGUUAAAUGAAACUGGCAACAUCCAAUUACUGGGGAGAAUGGAGAGAGGUAGAGUUUGAGUUACCAGACUAGGGGUCAUAGGCAGGCACCAUGAGGAGGAGGAGCAGGAAGGAGGGAGGAAUGAGGAAGACGGAAGAACAGAAUGUCUCCAGGAGUCAUGAUGCACGUGGCAGAAUCAUGUGUUUCCCCAGGACGCCAGACUGCUGGAGCAGAAGUAACCCAAAAAGUUUCAAACAGCGGGUAUUUGGGGAGCACGGUUGAGUCAGUAUCCAGACUGGCAUUUAGAGAUUUAGAUCAGGGGUAAACCCUCAGUAAUUGUACAGAGCCUAACAAAUAUUAUAGUUUUAAUUUUAUUCAUUGAAAGUUAGGGUAAGUUUAAUUGUUAUUCUUACACACACUUCUGCUUUAUCAUGAGUGUUAGAUUUACAGUAAUAACAACCCUUAUUCAGUGUGCAAAGAGAGGCUCAGGUUUCCCACAUCAUUUUAACAUUAGCUCCUAAAACCCAUCUUAACAAAUAGAAAUUUGGAGCCAGGCAUGGUGGCAAACAUGGUAACUUAGGAGAUAAAAGCAAGAGAAUCACCCUCAGCCACACAUCUGGCCUGGCUACAUGAGACCUUGUCUCAAAAAUAAGUUUAAAAAAAAAAAAAAACCUCAAAAAAAAAAUGGAGAUUUGACUGUGUUAUUAAAAGGCAGACAAAAUCAGGUCACAGUGGUAAAGCUUAUAUAGA